AAUGGAGUACCUUACCCUUUAAGAUCUCGCUUCACCCUUGAGCACCUUCAUUUUCCAAGCAAACACACCAGCACCUGCCUCCCUCUUACCAAAUUCUAAUGGCUCCUUCUUAUUCUAAAGCUAAGAGGAAUUACAAUGUCUUCUUGAGUUUCAGAGGUGCCGACGUUCGCAACAAUUUUCUCAGUCAUCUCUACAUGACUCUAGACCAAAAUGGCUUAUUCACUUACAAGGAUAGCGAGGAACUGAGAAAAGGAGAGCAAAUAUCAUUAGCACUUAUGAAGGCGAUCGAGGAAUCACAAGUCGCGAUCAUCGUUUUCUCUGAGGACUAUGCUUCCUCGCCAUGGUGUUUGGAUGAGCUGGUGAAAAUUAUGGAGUGCAAAGCACAAAGGAACUUGGUUGUGCUGCCAGUAUUUUACAAAGUGGAACCAAAAGAAGUGAGACAGGGGAGAAAGAGUUACAAGAAAGCUAUGGCUAAACAUGAGUCCGAGUUUGGGAAGGAUUCGGAGAAAGUGAAUACAUGGAAGACCGCUCUCCAUGACGCUGGUAAAUUAUCUGGAUGGGAUCUGAACAAUGGAGAUGAAGCAACACUUAUAAAGGAAAUUGUGAAGGAGAUCUCUAAGCAGCUGAAACCCACGCCCUUACAUGUUGCAAAGCAUCCCGUUGGAAUUCAUCGCCAAAUGGAAGAGUUGGAACCAAUGUUAAAUCUUGAGUCUGAUGAGGUUCUCAUGAUAGGAUUAUGGGGACAAGGAGGCAUUGGGAAGACAACAUUAGCAAAAGCCCUUUAUAAUGCUAACUUUAGACAAUUUGAGGGUGCAUGUUUCUUGAGAAACGUUCGAGAAGAUUCAAAAGAUUCUAAGGAUUUACUUCCUCUGCAAAAAAAAUUGUUGGAGAUAUUAUUGGGAAAAGAAUUAAAAAUGUUUAGUGUUGAUGAAGGUAUUAAUUUAAUUCAAGACAAACUUUGCUGCAAAAAAGUUCUCAUUAUUCUCGACGAUGUCGAUGAUGUAAAACAGUUAAAUGCUUUAGCUGGAGAAUGUGAUUGGUUUGGCGAAGGAAGCAGAAUCAUCAUUACUGCUAGAGAUAAUCAUUUGCUAACUUCCCAUGGGAUAGAUAAAGAUCAUAUCUAUGCAGUUAAGCCUCUAAACAAUUUUGAAGCUCUUGAACUUUUUAAUAAGCAUGUUUUUCCGAGAUACAGCAAAAUAGUAAUAAGGAGGGAUCUUGUAGAUGGUGCUUUGGAUUAUGCUAAUGGACUUCCUUUAGCACUUGAGAUACUGAGCUCUUUGCUAUGUGGUAGAGAAGAACUUGACUGGGAAAGUGCAUUGAACAAACUUGCCAAAAGUCCUAACAAAACCAUCAAUGAAGUUCUUAGGCUAAGUUAUGAUAGACUAGAUGAUGAAGAAAAGGAGAUCUUCCUUGAUAUUGCAUGUCUCUUCAAGGGAAGAUCUAAACGGGACAUUGUGAAGGUUCUUGAUUGUUGUGACUUUUCCACAAUUAUUGGAGUAAACGUUCUUGUAGGGAAGUCUUUGAUAUAUGAAGAGUGGGGGAAUCUACAAAUGCAUGACUUAAUUCAGUUGAUGGGCAUGGAUAUUGUUAAACAAGAAUGCCGUGAUGAUCCUGGAAGACGUAGUAGGUUAUGGCUUUAUGAUGAUGUUCGUGAUGUUCUAUCAAAGGAUAUGGGGACAAAUGCAGUAAAAGCCAUAGUUUUGCAUUUACCCUGGACAAAAUCGUUAUACAUAGACCCAAGUGCUUUUAGAAACAUGACAGGGUUGAGGGUGCUCAUCAUGAUUAAUGUGCACAACUCUUUCCAAGAUCCUAUGUGUCUUCCUAAUGAAUUAAGAUAUUUUGAAUGGCCUCAAUGUCCUCCUUGGAUUCCAAAAUUUUCGUCGGGUCCAAAGAAGUUAGUUGGACUUGAUCUGAGUCAAAGCAACAUCCAAGAUCAUGUCCAACUAACGCAAUUUAAGGACUUUGAAAAAUUGAAGUUCAUUAACUUUGGUAAAUGCCUGGUCACUGGUUUAUAUGCCGGACAUCUCUUGUAUUCCAAAUCUUGAGGAAUUGAAUCUCCAUAGGUGCCAAAACUUGGAGCAUGUCCACGAUUCAGUUGCAAAUCACUGUAAGUUAUGGAAGUUGAAUUUAGAAUUUUGCUUUAAAUUGCAAAGAUUCCUUGAUAUUCUAAAUAAGAACGAAAGCUUGCGAGAAGUUCUUCUAGGGUGGACUUCAAUUGAAGAACUUCCUACAUCAAUAGGAAAUCUUGUCUCUCUCGAGGACAUUAGUUUAUUUGAUUGCAAUAAACUGGUAAUCCUUCCGUCUAGCAUUUACAAGUUGCAAAAUCUUAAAGUCCUGCAACUUUGUGGCUGCUCACAACUACAAGAGAUCCCCAAGAUUCCAGAGAAAUUGAGAAGACUAAAGGCAAAUAAUUGCAAAUCUCUAACUAGAAUUCUCUCCAACAUAUGUGAUGUUGGGGACUUUGACUUGGAAGAAUUGGAGAUUUCGAAUUGCCAACAACUACAAGAGAUCCCCAAGAUUUCGAGGAAAUUGAGAAGACUAAAGGCAAAUGAUUGCAAAUCUCUAACUAGAAUUCUCUCCAACAUAUGUGACGUUGGGGACUUUGACUUGGAAGAAUUGGAGGUUUCGAAUUGCCAACAACUACAAGAGAUCCCUAAGAUUUCGAGGAAAUUGAGAAGACUAAAGGCAAAUGAUUGCAAAUCUCUAACUAGAAUUCUCUCCAACAUAUGUGACAUUGGGGACUUUGACUUGGAAGAAUUGGAGGUUUCAAAUUGCCAACAACUACAAGAGAUCCCCAAGAUUCAGAGGAAAUUGAGAAGACUAAAGGCACAUAAUUGCAAAUCUCUAAUUAGAAUUCUCUCCAACAUAAGUGAUGUUGGGGACUUUGACUUGGAAGAAUUGGAGGUUUCGAAUUGCCAACAACUACAAGAGAUCCCCAAGAUUUCGAGGAAAUUGAGAAGACUAAAGGCAAAUGAUUGCAAAUCUCUAACUAGAAUUCUCUUCAACAUAUGUGACGUUGGGGACUUUGACUUGGAAGAAUUGGAGGUUUCGAAUUGCCAACAACUACAAGAGAUCCCCAAGAUUCCAAGGAAAUUGAGAAGACUAAAGGCAAAUAAUUGCACAUCUCUAACUAGAAUUCCCUCCAACAUAUGUGACGUUGGGGACGUUGAGUUAUAUUCAAGUCGGGAGCUAGUCCGUAAUGGGUUCCCCGUGAAUGAUUUGUUCAUGCCUGAGGUUAGACUCUCUCUCUCUCUCUCUCUCUCUCUC